GAGAUUUACCUCAGUUCGUGCAGCAUCUUUGCGAGCUUCUGGAUUAGCAGCUCGCAAUAUGGCUUUGAAGGAAACCAAAAGUGCAUCUUCAUCCAUUCCAACUAAUAAUCUGGCCUCAGAAAAAACUGAUGUUAGUGUUACUGAUAAUGCAGUAUCUGCAAUGGAACCUGGGAAGGAAGGUGAUCAAGAGCGAGAUCUUGGGAGAUACAAUGGAAUAGUAAAUAGCUCAAAGGAUGAGAACAUGGCCAGAGGUGGCAAUUUGACGGCGAGAAAACUUUUUACUGAGGACUUAGACAUUGAAACAGAGGAACUUCCUCGAGAUACAAAUGGAGGUGAAGAAUUGGUGAAGUUGCGUACUUAUGAUCUGGCAGGGUUAAGCUAUGUUGAUUCUCAAGAACCUGGAGAGCUAUCACAAGCUAAUGCACUUGACUUUGUGGAUAGGUUUAUUAAAGAGAAUGUGGCUGAGUUCGACAAAGAAAUAGUGCGUGGAAGUACUGCAGGAAAUUCAAAAUGUGUUUCAAGUAUAAAAGGGCCACAAAAGUUGGCAAAGAAGGCUAAUGAGCAAAGUAUGAUUGGAGAACUAGGCAUUUAUGAUUGGGAUGAUAGCCAUGAAGAUGAAGGAGGGGGUGACAUUUUUCACAGAAGAAAGGAAGACUUCUUUGGUGGUGGAAGCCUUGGAAGGAGACCCUUGAAGACUGGAGUUAAUGGACUGCACGAGCUGAAGGAUGGUAAAAAACAGGUAAAUGGGAAUGAUAAGAGGAUGGACAUAUUUAAUUCUGAUACAAAAUUGUUGUUGCGCAAUCGCGAAGUUGACAAAAAAGUUAAUGAACCUGAAAUGAAGUUUAGAAGGAAUCUCAUCAAUGAAUUGGACAAACAGUUGGAAAAAAAUCCUACCAAGGCAGAUGUUCCAGAAAUGCUAGAUGUAGGAUUUGAUACUCAGAUGGCUGCUGAAGCUAUGGAAGCCUUAUUUUAUGGUGAGGACGCUGCCAACUGUGAUGUUAAUGAUGCUUGUCAUGGUGUCAAAAAGAAUUCUAGUUCUCUUGAAGGUCCAAAACAGCCAUCAUCAAGAAAAAGAUCAUGCCUUAAUGUUGUAGGGAAUGCUUCGGGUCAGUCCAUGAAAACUAGGAGGGUCGGUGCCAUCUCAAAUAAUGUAUCUUCAGUUUCUUCUGAGAAACAGUCUAAGAAUGUAAGAAAGCAGAAAGAAGUGGUCUUGGUUACAAUGAAAUCCGAGAAUUUCAGGAAAUGGUCUCAGGAGAAUAUUAAGAAAAGAAAAGCAGGAUCUUUAGAAAGAGGAAUCAAUUACGUGGAUGAUUGCACUGCAACAUUAAGUGGAGGUUCUUCACUUAACAAACAGCAUACGCAGGAGAAGAUUGGUAGUUUGGAACCCAUUGCCCAUCGAACUAGACGGUCAGUGAGGAAUACAAAUAUAGGCAUUCGGGCUUCUGCAAGGUUGUCUUCAAAAGAUGCGCAAUUAAAUAAAACUAAAAAUACCAAACCAAAAUUAGAUGAGAGAUUUGAGAAGAUGGAAGCUUUUACUGAUAGGAGCAAGAAUGAUGCAUUAAGUUGUCCUAGAAGGAAAAGAUCUUGUAGAAAUUUGUCAUGUCAGAUUAACAAGUCUGAUAACAUAAAUGAUCGAUCUGAGCCAUCUGCUACGCCAGAAGCUGGACGGACUAGCAGUGAAGACAAAAGGUCAUGCGGGAAAACUGGGUUAUCUAUAGAUGGUCAACAUGUUCUGUCUUCUGUUGACCUGGAUUUGGAAGGAAAAUUGCCACAGAAAAGAUUAGAGAGGGUGGGUUUUGGGAAUGCUCAAAGUGUGCAAACAAGUGCGAGGUUGGAUGAAUCGCCCAGAGAGAAACUUAGACCAUUUGAUUCAUCAUGUACUACUCCAUUUAACUGUAAAGUACCAGUUAGUGAGGUAUCACCCGUUUGUAUGGGUGAUGAAUAUUUCAAUCAAUCACGUCGGAGAAGUCUCUCAAAGUUUCUUGUGAGAGAAAUCAAAUUUAGCAUCAGUGGGCCUCAAUCUACAAGUCCACCAAAAGACUUGCGGAAAAGGAGGGAAAUUACUGAUGUUCGAGUCUUGUACAGUAACCACUUGGACGAAGAUGUAAUUAAGCGGCAAAAGAAGAUUUUGGCUCGUCUUGGAGUUUCAUUGGCAUCCUCUAUCAUAGAGGCAACACAUUUCAUAGCUGACCAAUUUGUGCGUACAAGGAAUAUGUUAGAAGCUAUUGCUUCUGGUAAACCAGUGGUGACACAUUUAUGGAUUGAGAGUUGUGGAGAAGCUAACUGUUUCAUCGAUGAGAAAAAUUACAUACUAAGAGAUGCCAAGAAGGAAAAGGAAUUUGGCUUUAGCAUGCCAACUUCAUUGUCUUGUGCAUCCCAAAAUCCUCUAUUACAGGGUUUUAAAGUCUUCGUCACCCAAAAUACAAAACCGGGAAAAGAAAUAAUUUCAAGUCUGGUCAAGGCAGUCCGUGGCCGGGCAGUUGAGACGACUGGUAGAUCCGCGCUUAAGGAUGGUUCAUUGCCAAAUGAUCUGUUGAUUCUGUCUUGUGAAGAGGAUUAUGAAAUUUGUGUGCCCUUUCUUGAAAAAGGAGCAACAAUUUACAGUUCGGAGCUGAUAUUGAACGGGAUAGUUACUCAAAAGCUGGAGUAUGGAAGAUACCGGCUAUUCACAGAUAAUAUGAGGAUAAUCCGUUCUACAAUGAGGCUGAAGAAAGAUGGCUGCAAGUUCCUCUCGUUGACUAAAAGCAAGAGAGACUAAUUUUAGGUUAUUUUAUUUUAUCUCCUGUUAUUUAGUGCAUUUCAACUUCUUUUCUUUUUUUCUUUCUCUGAGGGAUAGUAGUGGCAUUUCAGUUGUCCGUGCAUGUUGUGCUGCAGUGUCCUAAUUUUUUUUUUCCUUGUAAAAAAAAAUGUUUAUGCUGUAUAUAAAAAUCUUUUCUCCCAUGUAUUUUUUUUUUUCCUUUGACCUGAGGACUUUGAACAUAUUUUCAAGAGUUUCAAGGCAAGAGAUGGAUUCUCUAGAUUAAUCUAAAAAGACGGGGACAAUCAAAUGACUCCAUUAAGAUAAGUUCUAAAUUCGUGA